AUGGCGGCGGUGCGGCCCUUCGGCAAGCUGCCCGCGCUCAACUCCGCCGCCCUCCUGCUCGUGGGCUCGGACGAGGGCGCGCAGCAGCAGCUGGCCGAGGCCAUCCUCAAGGAGAAGAAGAGCUUCAAGAUCAGCAUCCACCUUGCAACAUCCCUCCCCUUACCUUCAGAGAGGGAUCACCUUCGGCCCAGGAUAGAUCUGAUUGCAUUUAUGAUUGACAUCAAGAGCAAGUACAGCCUGAAGAAUGUCGAAGCUUCGCUAGCUCAUGUGGAUGCCAGCUUCUUCCUGGGGAAAGUGUGCUUCCUCGUCACUGGGGUUGGCAGGGUAAAUUACUGCAGCGUAGAGACAAAUGCUGUCUGGAAACUGAGAGAUGUCUACUGCAGUCCUGUGCUAUACUGCGAGCUGGAGUUGGAAGGGAUACGUGUUGCCACCGCUCAGCGACUACUCCGGAUGUUGCAGAUCUGUGCCGGUCAYGUACCAGGGGUUUCUGCCUUGUCCUUUGGAUCACUGAUGAGGAACUCUGAGGAUGAACAACCUUGAAUUGUGAAAAUGCAACCAUGCUCAUUGGUUCUUCAUUUUCAGGCAUUCAAGCUAGAAACAUUUCAGAUUUUUUUUCUUGCCUGUUUUAUGAUCACUCAUCUAGAGCUGUUCCUAGUCAUUAAUCUGUCAAGAAAAUCUUGAUUCCUGUUUGGUGGACGAGGCAGGGGCACUGCAGRGAGGAUAGCUUGACCUAGGGAUCCCAUUGUUACAUCUGAAUUUAAUUUUAUACUGAAGUUUGGAUUUCACCCAGUUUGCCAGUGGCCAGAAACUGUAUGUUUUACUGAGGACAUAUCAAAAGAACAGGCCACUGCCUCAAGUGCUGCACAUCAUGGUUGGGUACCUGAGUUUCAGCAGCCCAAAACUGCUAGAGGAGACACCAGGCUUCUGCUUCCUUGACCUGAAAUAUAGCACCUUGGACUAAUGCAAAACCCCUGCCAAACUUGCUGUCUCUGCACCAAGAAAAUAACGUGACCGGGUGGCUGUCCUGCAGCUUCUAGACAUUUCAGCAGUUGGCAGUUAAUGAUCCAGCUGUGGGAGCAUCUGCCCAGUGAAGGGCUCACWGUUUCUAUCCCUGAUACCUCAUCAAGGUUGAAGGGACUAAAGAGGGUAACUUAGCACUUUAGCUUUCUUUCUAUCUUUAAAGAAGAAAGUUCCCCCCACCUGAAAUAACAACCAGCCCAAGUCUUUACUCAAGAAUUGGACAGCUGUGGGCUGUUCUGCCACAGGUCAAUCCCUGCAGACCAAGGAGGAGUCCUCCAGAGAAGCUGAACUGUCUCUGAGUCAAGAAAGUCAGAGAUGAAGAGGGCUGCAAAGGAGAACAAUCCUGCACAUAACAGAUCUUUGCCCAGACCGGUGAAGGGGAGAAGAAACAUGCAGCUACUAAUGGAAAUAAGUCUCUACUUUCAAAGUAAAUAGCCACAAAAUAGCUUUUCUUCAAUCUCAAUAGGCCAAAAUUCAGAAGAGUGGAAGCUGCUGGCCCUUAGCAAGCUUCAGCAAAUAGGGCAGUUCCCUCCAGCUUCCUUAAUGAUGGAGCUCUGCGCUCUGGCACUGGUUGGAGAUAGAAYGUGGUGUCUCUUGCAUUAAUUCAUGCCUUAAUGCAAGCUAAUAUGUUUUGCAAUUGUCACUUAAUAAAAUGUAUCAUAUUUCCAGUAGCUCUGUACUCUGUUUAGCUGUGUGCCGUGGGCUCUGAAAUCCAUGCGCACUUGCUGCUGUUUGCCCUGACAGACUGGUCCUUGCUGCCUUUGGACUGAAGCUCAGSAACUUGCCGGGCUGCAGUCGCUGUUUCUGCCGCAUGGUGGUGGUAAAAGCUUUCCCAAGACAGCUCUUUAUAUAAACUGAGUUCCACCACCU